AUGAUAGGAGCACAAAGUAACAGAGUGGGGUUAGGAUCAAAUAGGAAAGUCCAAGAUGCGGAUAUAUUGAAGUCUUUUAUUCGGCAAGACGAGAAUGAUAAAUAUAAGAUCCAUGCAAUGAAUUUAGAAAUGCAAAACGAGUGGUUAGACAUAGGAGAUUUAUGCAUCCCAUUAGCAUUAAAAUGGCGCACUUUAAUUUACGAUUGGUCGCCAGCAUUGCUAAAAUUCUAUCUCAAUGCGUUCCAGAUGACUCUCCCAGAUCAGAGUAAUUUAGUAAGAGGGGGUAAAAGUACCGAAAAUACUUGCUAUAUCUGUGGAAAGGCAGUUGGAACUGCUAAACAUCUGCUGGUGGGAUGUAAGGUACUCCUGGACAGCGGUCAAUACUCGCGUCGUCACGAUAGGGUUUUAGAAGUCAUACGUGAAGCGGUUAGUCUUUCGGUAGCCAGAGCGCAAAAGGAAAUUACCACAAACGAACGAUCAGUAGGUUUUGUGAGAGAAGGCACUAGGGCUACAAAAUCAAACGUCAAGCCUUACUCCAUCCUUAAAGCGGCGUCGGAUUGGACUAUAAUGAUGGAAACGUAUGAAAAACAAUAUAAAAUCCCCGAGGACAUUUGUGUGUCGGCCUCCAGACCGGAUAUAUUUUUGUUUUCGCAAAUUUUAAAGCGCGUAGUGAUGAUAGAGCUUACGGUCCCUUGGGAAACCAACAUCCCCAAAGACCAUACCAUCAAGGUCAACAAAUAUUACGAGCUCACAAACGAACUCACUCGAAAUAGGUUCGUAGUAGAUUUGUACGCGGUGGAGGUGGGAGCGAGAGGUAUAACAGCGAAAUCUCUCUAUAACCUACUAAAGUACUUGGGCUUGUCCAGAACUCACAUUAAUGCAUUCUUGGAACGUACAUCGAAGGCAGCCCUAGUAGGUUCUUUUCAAAUUUGGUUAGGUAGGGAGAGGAGCUUGGACAGUGGAGGUGAGCGUAUAACGCGCGUUAGAUUAAAUGCUGUGAAGAUAGUGAAAGUAUCCGUACCGGAGAUAAUACAGUAUGGGGUACAAGACUCUGUAAUUUUAGAUUGUGAUUACAUUUACGGCAACAAUACAUCAGGAUUGGUCGUAAAAUGGUUCUUCAAGAACAAAGCGCGACCCGUAUAUCAAUGGAUUGCAACGCAGAAACCACAGGAUAUAGGCAUAUUACGGGGUCGAGUCGACUUGACUUAUCGAGCAUCGAACGAUCCAUUAAAAAUGCAUAGGGCGCUGCGUAUAGUAAAACUGAAUACAGACAUUUCGGGUGACUAUACCUGUGUCGUAUCUACAUUUAUGGAAGAAGAUUCAAGAACAAGGCAAAUGAUUGUAUUUGGUGAGUGA